UAGCCGAUGUAAAAAGUGAACAUCUGCGCAUGCGCAGCACGGUACAAAACUUAACCUUAUAUUCGAUUUGACGGGCUUCUCUCUUUCCGUUCCAGGUCGCGUGUGAGUAACAUCAUACCAGCCUACCAAGAUGACGUCCAAAGUAUCGCGUGACACAUUCUACGAAUGUGUAGGCGCCGUCUUAAAGAACUCCAAACAGAACAGAAGGAAGUUCCUUGAAACUGUGGAAAUCCAAAUCGGUUUGAAGAAUUAUGAUCCCCAGAAGGACAAGCGUUUCAGCGGCACCGUCAAGCUAAAGAACAUCCCCAGACCCAAGAUGCAAGUGUGUGUUCUUGGAGAUCAGCAGCAUUGUGAUGAGGCCAAGGCACAGAAUGUACCUUACAUGGAUGUUGAGGCUCUCAAGAAACUCAACAAAAACAAGAAGUUGGUUAAGAAACUAGCAAAGAAAUAUGAUGCUUUCCUUGCUUCUGAAGCCCUCAUCAAGCAGAUUCCGCGUCUAUUGGGUCCCGGUCUUAACAAGGCUGGCAAGUUCCCUGGUCUCUUGUCUCACCAGGAGUCUAUGACUCAGAAAAUUGAUGAGGUGAAGGCCACCAUCAAGUUCCAGAUGAAGAAGGUCUUGUGUUUGUCUGUUGCCGUUGGACACGUCAACAUGAGCGAGGAUGAGCUUGUACAAAAUGUGCAUUUGUCAGUCAACUUCCUCGUCUCGCUGCUGAAGAAGCAUUGGCAGAACGUGCGCUCCCUGCACGUGAAAUCGUCGAUGGGACCCGCGCAACGUUUGUACUAAGUUUUCUAUGUUUACGUCUAUCAACGUAUCAAUAAAAACACACAAAAAAAUUUA